UCAUGGUUACUCAUCACAUUUAGCUUCACAGAUAAAAUUAGUAAACUGUAAAACUACUACACGUCCACUGAGAAGGAAUGGUCUAGAAACACGAUGCAGCAGCAAAUCGCUUUUAUGGGUGAAAUCUCGCGAGAUUAGCGGAUCAACUGUAGGUACGUGAGAUCACAAUCUCGCGAUAUUUCAUAGUCUUCUUCGCCACCGUAGGCGGCCGUGUGGGACAGUGCUUCAUGGCGGUAGCGGGUUUUGUGAUUCUGAACAGUAAAUAAACUAUUAGAGGGCUCCCAGGAUUUUUCUUCACAAGUGACCUGCAUUAGGACACCUUAGUAGAGAGCAAAGGGACGUGGAAGAGAGCAAAGCUUAUCUCUUGACUGUACUAUAAUUCCAAAGCCAAUGGCAGAACAAAUUGGGUUCAAACCUCCUUAAGGGGGGCUCUGCAUCACUGGAGUUCAUUUGAGCAAAGGGAGGCAAGGCUCUGAUGAUGGAGAAUGGACAGAGCACAGCCUCGAAGCUUGGCCUGCCGCCUCUCACGCCCGAACAGCAGGAGGCCCUGCAAAAGGCAAAGAAGUAUGCCAUGGAGCAGAGCAUCAAGAGUGUGCUGGUCAAACAGAGCCUUGCUCAGCAGCAACCGAUUAACAACCUCCAGGUACCUGUAGAUAACUUGGAUGGCUUUUGGACACACCUCCUUGUAUCUGCAUGCAGUUUCGGAGAGAUGGCUGCAAAUAUACCCAAUUCCAUACAGAUGGCCUCACUGACCAUGGCUGGCUUCGGUGACUCGCUUUCACCCUUACAGUCGGUUGCAGCACAGCGGCAGCGAGCGCUUGCCAUAAUGUGCCGUGUUUACGUAGGCUCAAUCUACUACGAGCUUGGAGAGGAUACCAUUAGACAAGCAUUCGCUCCUUUCGGGCCAAUCAAGAGCAUUGACAUGUCCUGGGACUCGGUUACACUAAAGCACAAGGGUUUCGCAUUUGUAGAGUAUGAGGUACCGGAGGCAGCACAGCUGGCAUUAGAGCAGAUGAAUUCGGUCAUGUUAGGGGGGAGAAACAUUAAAGUUGGACGACCUAGCAACAUUGGUCAGGCUCAGCCGAUCAUAGACCAGUUAGCCGAAGAAGCCCGCGCCUUUAACAGAAUCUACGUAGCUUCUGUGCACCCUGACCUGUCAGAUGACGACAUCAAGAGCGUCUUCGAGGCCUUUGGGAGAAUCAAGUCCUGUAUGCUGGCACGGGAGCCCACGACAGGAAAACACAAGGGCUACGGCUUCAUAGAGUAUGACAAGGCCCAGUCAGCGCAGGACGCAGUGUCCUCUAUGAACCUGUUUGAUUUGGGUGGUCAAUAUCUACGUGUGGGCAAGGCAGUCACCCCGCCCAUCCCAAUGCUGGCGCCCACCGCACCGGGGGGCCUUCCCCCUGCUGCUGCUGUAGCUGCUGCUGCAGCAACUGCCAAAAUCACCGCCCAGAUGGCAUGGAAUCUUUCCACUCCGGAGAAUCGGACAGAAGACUUCCUCAACUGUCUGGAAGCGGUGGCUGGUGCAUCAAUCCUAGGGGCAAUGACGGCCGGCUCUGUGAACCUGCCACAGAUCCCCCAGGCCGUUAUGGCAGCCCAAGCCCCAGGGGUCAUCACAGGUGUGACACCAGCACGCCCUGUAAUACCCCAAGUGGGCCUGGUGAACCCUGUCCUGGCCUCUCCGCCGGUGAUCUCUGCCGCUGUGGCUGCCGCACAGGAGGCCAAAGAGAAGAAAGAUAAGGAAGAGGAGGAAGCAGCCCUAGACGGGACAGGCCAGGAGAUGCUCAGUGAACAGGAGCACAUGAGCAUCUCGGGCAGCAGUGCCAGACACAUGGUCAUGCAGAAACUGCUGAGGAAGCAAGAGUCAACAGUUAUGGUGCUCAGGAACAUGGUAGGCCCCGAAGACAUAGACGAUGACCUGGAAGGUGAGGUAACUGAAGAAUGUGGAAAGUUUGGUGCUGUCAACAGAGUGAUUAUUUACCAGGAGAAGCAGGGGGAGGAGGAGGAUGCAGAGGUCAUCGUUAAGAUAUUUGUGGAGUUUUCAGCAGCAUCCGAGAUGAACAAGGCCAUACAGGCGCUUAACAACCGCUGGUUUGGAGGUCGGAAAGUCGCUGCUGAGGUUUACGACCAGGAGCGGUUUGACAACAGUGAUCUCUCGGCAUAGACUGGAAAAAAAUAAUCCAACCCCUUCUACAGUGACCUGCUCUCUUGUGUCUCUCACACACUUACUGAUACCGCUGCUGACCACUAUUCCCAGUGGUGCAGGCCCCACUUUUUAACCUGUAAUUAUUUUUUAUUGAUGUUGAUAUUAAUAUUAUUGCAGAUCCAGUUUGGGGACAAACGCAAACACUCAUGGAAUUUUUUUUUAAUUUUUUUUUUUUUUAAUCACUGUUGUGUACUGUGAAGGACUGGAAAUGUUUUUGUAUUGGUUAUGUUUCCCCAUCAGUUAUAGUUUGGAUUAGGUUGCAGGUUUUUUUUUUUGUUUUGUUUUUUGUUUUGUUUUUUAUUCCAAAAUAUACUUUUUUCAGAAGAUUCAUUAUCUUGUUAUAACUUUCGGUUCUGAAUGUCCAGAAAAUAAAUUCUUCAAACAUGACACCUUCUGUGUUGAUUGACCAUCACUUGGCUCAAUAACCAAACACUGAUUUAGUGGUGUUGAAUGUGGUGUCAAAUCUUAGUUUGUCACUUUUUUUUUUCCUUUUUCCAAUUAGCGUUUUGACUAAGAGGAAUAAUCCACAAUCAAGUCAUCCUGCAACAACUAAUCAAUAAUAGUCAACAAAGAAUUUCAUUGAUUAGUUAGUUGAUUAUUAUCAAUGAUUAGUUGAACUGUGUUAUGAAGCAUGCUAUGGCAAAACCUCUAUGAAAAUGGUGUGUUUACAUGAUGACUUGAUCUCGGAGAAGCUAUUUUUGCUCCUCAUCAAUCUAGGAAUGCUUAAACAACUUUAGAGGUUUUAUUGCUAAAAGAAAUUUAAAUUUAUCAUUCUACAGUGAGAAGGAUUGUGUUCAAGUUAUGAGCCUUCGAGGUAGUUGCCUGGUUUCUCAGGAGUGGCCAAGUUCAGACUGUUUAAUGCACAGAGAUCAGACCCAAGAGCUUCAUCGUGUGACCUGCAUGCUUUUGUUAACUCUUUGAAUGUUUGUGUUCAUGAUUGACACAGUCAGAAAAAGGUACAACACGCAGCUUCCGUGGAAGGGUGGCUAGGAAAAGGGCCUUAUCUCCAAAAAGAAUAAGACCGCAUGAUUAAGUGUUGUGAUAAUGCCUCUAAAUAAACCAUUAAAGGUUUGGAUCUGUAUCCUUUGGAGGCCAAGCGGUAGCUGACAAUCAUUAUACCUGCUGCUUAGCAUGAAGGGAUAAUGAUUUGGACAUGUUUUACAACCACAUAACUUUGCACAAUUAGUUAUUGAGAUAAUGAACAAAUCCACUUUAUAUAUGAGAAUUUUUUUUUAGAGACAAAUCUGCAACAGGACAAUGAUAACAGUCACACCAGGAGGAGACAAAAAAAUGUGUUGUAAUAGCCAAGUUAAUGUGAGUUCUGUACAUAAAUGAUUCCCUUCGAACAUCAGUAAUCCAAGCAAUGCUGUGAAGAAGAUUGGGCCAGAAGUUCUUCACAACACAUUGAAUUAUUGAGUGUACUGAUUUUUUAAUUUUUUUUCCUACCUGGCUUUUGAAUUUUGUUCUUUUUGUGGGGAAUAAAAACAUUUGUUAUCACCUGA